AUGUCUGGAUCUAGUAGAGACAGAGAUACUGGUCGGAAAUGGGAAUCUGGUGCUUCCAAAAGAAAGAGAAAAGCUGAAAUGAUGCAAGUGAACCAAGCUAUGAGUACUAGUAUGAUGAAAUUUCUAAACAAAACCAGUACAUCAACAACUACAGACUUAGACGAACCUAAUGCCAAAAUGGAUUUAAAUGAAGGAAAUUUAUCCAAUAAAAUUUCAAAAUACAAUGAAGAAUUGACAAAAGAAGUAAUAAAUAAUAUUUGCGAUUUAGAGAUGCACAAACAAGAAAUUGUUUUAAGUGAACCACUAAUGAGUUUAGACCCAGGGAAAUGGGUGUUUCCGUUAUCAGGUUCACAGCGUCACGAUUUAGUUCAACAUGGUCCUCAACAGAUGCUAGAUAUUUGCGAUGAAAAUUAUCCUUUAGACAAUAAUAAGAGACAUUUUUCUAACUUCCACUAUACAAGAAAAUUAAGUAAUGUCGAAACUCAACAUCGCAGAUGGCUAGUUUAUUCUCAAUCUCAAGAUAAAAUAUAUUGUUUUCCGUGUACAGUUUUUUCUAAUUUACAAACACAAAUGAUUCGUGAAGGAUGUUGUGACUGGAAACAUCUAAGUACAAUUUUGCAAAGACACGAAAAGAGCCAAGAGCACAUGGUGUGCAUGAUUAAAUGGGUAGAAUUUGACAAACGAAUUAAACUCGGGAAAACAAUAGAUCAAGAAAAUGAAAAACGGAUUCGUGAAUCACAAAAGCAUUGGUACAAUUUGUUUGAAAAAUUAAUUAAUGUAAUAAAUUUUUUAGCCUCACAUAAUCUAUCAUUUAGAGGUCAUCGAGAAUCAAUUAAGUUAGAUGAUAGCAAUAACUCUGGAAACUUUAUUGAUUUAUUAAAAUUAUUGUCCAAAUAUGAUCAUUCAUUACAGAACCAUUUUCAACUAAUUAAUGAAAAACAACUGGCACAACAUUAUUUGAGUCAUGAUAUACAAAAUGAAUUAAUUAAACUUAUGUCUAAUAAAGUAAUUGAAGAAAUUAUUAGUAAAGUAAAACUAGUGAAAUAUUAUGCUUUCAUGCUCGACUGCACUAGAGACAUAAGUCGCGUUGAACAGAUGUCUAUUAUUUUAAGAUUUUGUAAUACGUCAACCGGUGAUAUAGAAGAACAUUUUAUUGGAUUUAUUGCUGUUGAUUCCACAACAGGGGAACAUUUAACAAACAUUAUUCUACAUGAGCUAAAAAAUAAUGGUUUAGAUAUUCAGGACUGUCGUGGACAAGGUUUUGAUAAUGGCGCGAAUAUGGUAGGAAUAAACAAGGGUGUUAAAACACGAAUAUUAAAUAUUAAUCCAAAAGCAUUCUUUGCACCUUGUGGUUGUCACAGCUGGAAUUUGAUUUUAGUAGAUGCUGCUAAGUCUUCCAUUACAGCUAAAACAUUUUUUGGCUUUAUUCAAAAAAUUUAUUUGCUCUUUUCAAAAUCUAGUAAGCGAUGGGAUCUUAUAAAAGAUAAAUUAAAACUAACAUUAAUGUCUUUAUCUGAAACAAGGUGGGAAAGUAGAAUUGCUGCAGUCAAAGCAAUAUUAUUUCAAUUUGACGAUAUCAUUGAUUGUAUAAAUAUACUUAAAAUGCAAAUAGUAGACGCAGAAACUCUAUGUGAUUGUGAAGCCAUUUUAAAAGAAAUGUUAACAUUUGAAUUUAUUGUUGCAAUACAUGUGUGGUAUGAAAUUUUACUUCGUGUAAAUAAUAUAAGUAAAAUCUGGCAAUCAGUUCAAGUUAAUUUAAAAAUGGCUGUUGAUUCUUUAAAUAAUUUUUGCAAUUGGAUUCAAGAAUAUCGUGAUAUAGGAUUCAAUAAAAGUAUUAUAGAAUCUCGUCAGUUCAUAGAAAAAAGUAGUUAUGAAAUAGAAUUACAUUUUAAAAACAAGAGAAUAGCAAAGAAGAAAAAAAUGUUUAGUUAUGAACACACUGAUGAACCUAUAGAGAAUGGUGAAGAAAAGUUUAGAGUUGACUUUUUUAACAGCAUGAUUGAUGGAAUUCUACAUGACAUUAAAUGGAGAUUUAAAUCAUUGAAUGAAUACUUUGAAUAUUUUGGUUUUAUUUAUGAUAUGAAUAUUUUAAGAUCCAUUUCCAAAGAAGAUCUUUAUAAGCAUUGUUGUGAUUUAGGUACAGUUCUUCAAGAGGGUGAAAAGAGCGACAUUCAAUCAUUUGAAUUAUACGAAGAAUUACAACUCAUAAUUUCAAGUCUACCAGACUUUAUUAAGGAUGCAAAACAACUCAUCAAAUACAUAAUAGAAAAUAAUUUACAAGAAAUAUAUCCAAAUGUUUAUAUAACAGUCAGAAUUAUGCUCACUAUUCCUGUCAGUACAGCUUCAGCAGAGAGAAGUUUUUCGAAGCUUAAAAUAAUUAAAAAUUACCUACGAAAUACGAUGACACAGGAAAGACUCUCAGCAUUAGCAGUUUUGUCCAUUGAAACGAAAAUUGCAAAUAAUUUAAAUUACGAAGAUAUACUUAAAACAUUUAGUGAAGCAAAAAGCCGAAAAGUCCAUUUCUUGUAG